GUCUAGGUCAGUUGGGACUCCAAUUUGCUACAAAAAUGGGUCUUAGGACAACGGGCGUGGAUAUUGCACCACGAUCGUUACAAUUCGCUAGAGACCUAGCCACGGGAGCAAUGAUAAUCGAUGCGUCGAAACAAACAGCCAAAGAGGCCCGACAGCAGAUGGGAAAGGAUGAUGGACUGAAUCUUGAGUCUGAAAUGGGUCUUGACGCAGUGUUGAUCCUCCCCGAAAGCCAGAAAUCGUUCCAGUAUGGCAUCGACAUGGUGAGAAACGGUGGCCUGGCUGUUGUGAUAUCGUUUCCACCACAAGGGUUUCAUGUCGAUGCGGGCGAUUUGGUCUUCCGCCGGAUCCGACUGGUUGGCAGUCUAAUUGGCUCCAACAGGGCAAUGGUAGAGAUGUUGGAAUUCUGCGUCAAGGAGAACAUCAAGGCCAAGACCACCGUAUUUCCCUUCUCGAAGCUCAACGAUUUGGUGGAGGCGUAUCAUUCUGGCGUUCCAGGGAAAUUGGUGGUUGACAUGUCGAUGGCGCCUUGAUGGCUCCUGGCUUGAGAUACUUAUCGUGGCGCCCGAGCCUUGCGUCUACUUUUUCUCAAACAUAGAUGUGCCUGAUAUCACGAAGGGAGAGAUGCCAUUAGUGUA